GGGAGGAGGAGGAGGGGGAGGAGGAGGUUAGCCGAGGCAGCUCCGGCGGCGGCGGCGGCGGCGGCGCAGGGGCUGGUACGCGCUGGGCGGCGAGAGCCUCAUGGCGGAGGAGGAGAGCGACCAGGAGGCCGAACGCCUCGGGGAAGAGCUGGGAGCCAUUGUGGAGCCCCCGGCGGGCCCGGUCGGGCUUGGCUGUGCGGGCGCUGGCAGAGUCGGCGGCGGCGGCGGCGGCGGCGGCGGGGGGAUCAGCAGUCGGGAUUACUGCCGACGCUUCUGUCAGGUAGUGGAAGAUUAUGCUGGAAGAUGGCAGGUCCCUUUGCCACAACUGCAGGUUCUUCAGACUGCACUUUGUUGUUUUACAUCAGCCAGUGCAUCAUUUCCAGAUGAAUGUGAGCACGUACAAUAUGUUUUGAGUAGCCUUGCUGUGAGUUUCUUUGAAUUGCUGCUGUUCUUUGGAAGAGAUGAAUUUUAUGAAGAACCGUUAAAGGAUAUUCUUGGAUCAUUUCAGGAAUGCCAGAAUCACCUCCGCAGAUAUGGAAAUGUGAAUCUGGAACUGGUGACUCGAAUCAUUAGAGAUGGUGGCCCAUGGGAAGAUCCAGUGUUGCAAGCUGUUCUAAAGGCCCAGCCAGCCUCUCAGGAGAUAGUGAACAGGUAUUUAAGUUCUGAAAAUCCUCUGUUUUUUGAACUACGUGCCAGAUAUCUGAUUGCCUGUGAACGCAUACCUGAAGCAAUGGCUCUUAUUAAAUCUUGUAUAAAUCACCCAGAGAUCAGUAAAGACUUAUACUUCCAUCAAGCACUCUUCACAUGCCUGUUCAUGUCACCUGUAGAAGAUCAGCUGUUCCGAGAGCAUUUACUGAAAACUGAUUGUAAGAGUGGAAUUGAUAUCAUUUGCAAUACUGAAAAAGAAGGCAAGACUAUGUUAGCCUUGCAACUCUGUGAAUCCUUUCUUAUUCCACAGCUUCAGAAUGGAGAUAUGUACUGUAUCUGGGAGUUGAUUUUCAUAUGGAGUAAGCUACAACUUAAAUCUAAUCCUUCAAAGCAAGUUUUUGUAGAUCAGUGCUACCAGCUUUUAAGAACAGCAACUAAUGUGAGAGUCAUAUUUCCCUUCAUGAAAAUCAUUAAAGAUGAGGUUGAAGAAGAAGGCUUGCAAAUUUGUGUUGAAAUAUGUGGUUGUGCUCUCCAGCUUGACCUUCAUGAUGAUCCCAAAACCAAAUGUCUAAUUUAUAAAACAAUUGCACAUUUUUUGCCAAAUGAUUUGGAGAUCCUCAGAAUUUGUGCACUCUCAGUAUUUUUCCUUGAGCGUUCCUUAGAGGCUUAUCGUACUGUGGAAGAACUUUACAAACGUCCAGAUGAGGAAUACAAUGAAGGCACAAGUAGUGUUCAAAAUCGUGUUCGUUUUGAAUUGCUUCCAAUUUUGAAAAAGGGAUUGUUUUUUGAUCCUGAAUUUUGGAAUUUUGUAAUGAUUAAGAAAAAUUGUGUGGCAUUACUGAGUGAUAAGUCCGCCGUUAGGUUUCUAAAUGAAAAUACACUGGAAAAUUCUACAGGCAUUCUAAAGAAGACAGUGGAGAGGCAAGGUUUAGAUGAAAGGCUUGACUCUCUUACACAUCACAGUGCUGGAGAGACUGAGCCUAAUGAUGUAUCUGCAGUGCAGCUUAAAGGUCACAUGAGUACAAAGAAAACCCUUGCAGCUGUUCACACUUCCAAAGUGGAUCACAAUGUCCCGAGGCAUCGGUGCAUGUUAUGUAACAAAGAAUUUCUAGGUGGUCAUAUUGUAAGACACGCCCAGGCUCAUCAGAAAAAGGGCAGCUUUUCAUGUGUCAUAUGUGGUAGGAAAUUUAGGAACAGAGGACUUAUGCAGAAGCAUUUAAAAAAUCAUGUUAAGAAGAUACAGAGACAGCAAAUUGCUGCAGCUCAACAGGAUGACCAGGAAAGCAAUACUCUGGAAGAACUGAACUGUUCUGGUUCUUCUCUUUCAUUUGAAAAUGGGAGGUCUGAUAGUAAGGAUUUGGAGGUAGAGAUUUUUCCAGCUUCCAAUGGUGGGAACAAAAGUGGCAUCUCUGAGCGUGUGGCUGAAUUGGUUGAAGUUCCUGUAAGUGUAGCAGAUAAUGUGACUGAAAACAUUGCUGAAAAUGGCAGUGCUGAUACAUCUUUCAGUCAUGCCUCCGAGCCUUUACCUCGGUGUGAAGAUGACUUUGAGGAGGAAGAAGAUGAAGAAGGUGAUUAUGAAGAAGAUGAUUAUGACCUGAACCAAGACACUUCAGUACUUCACAAAAUCAAUGGAACUGCUUGCCAUCCAAAAGACAUAUAUGCUACAGAUCAAGAGGGAAACUUUAAGUGCCCAGCUCUUGGCUGUGUCAGGAUAUUUAAAAGAAUUGGAUUUUUGAAUACACAUGCAAGAACUGUACAUCCAACUGAUUUAAAUGUGCGACAAACAGUAAUGAAGUGGAGUAAAGGAAAAUGCAAAUUUUGUCAAAGGCAAUUUGAAGAUUCCCAACAUUUUAUAGAUCAUCUUAACAGACACAGCUAUCCAAAUGUGUACUUCUGUUUGCAUUUUAAUUGUAAUGAGUCAUUUAAGCUGCCAUUCCAGCUUGCCCAACAUACAAAAAGUCACAGGUUAUUUCAAGCUCAGUGUAGUUUCCCAGAAUGCCAUGAGCUUUUUGAAGAUCUUCCUCUGCUCUAUGAACAUGAAGCUCAGCACUACUUAAGUAAAACACCAGAAUCAUCUACACAAGCAGCUGAAACAGUGCUUUUGGAUGUCCAUACUGAUUCAAAUCCUAAUCAUCAGGAGAAAGACUCCGCUAGUCAUGAGAAACAAACUGGUAGUCUGAUAGUUUCUACUAACAAAGCAAGGAAAGAUCCUACAGAACCAAAGAUGUGCAUAGAAAGCAUGGCAAGGAAAACAGACAGUUUAGUUCAGAAUGGCAAUGAACAUUCUGACAAAACUGUCUCAAAUAUAAGCUUAACAGACCAAAAGAUGCCUGAUAAGGAACCAAACUCUGACAACAGCUAUGCUAAUAGUGGUUUAGUCAAUGGACACAGUGACAGACAGCAAACAGACCCUGCUUUGAAACCGGAUGCAAACAGAAUCAGGACAGAAAAUGGUUCCAUUUUAUCCAGUGUUGCACCACAAGGACAAAGCAACCUGCCGGUAUCUCAGGCACCAUCCAAACCAAAUCUGACAAGUGACCAUACUUCCUAUGGCUUAAUGUUAACAAAGCCAUAUGUGAGACCAUUGCCUCCCAGCUACCUUGAUGAACGGUACCUCAGUAUGCCAAAACGUAGAAAAUUUCUGACUGAUAAAGUAGAUGCCUGUUCUGAUCCAGAUAAUGUUUGUAAAAAGCCAGUGAAAAGAUUAAGAUGUGGCAAAUGCUUAACCACCUACUGUAAUGCAGAAGCACUUGAGGCUCACCUUGCACAGAAGAAAUGUCAGACACUCUUUGGAUUUGAUUCAGAUGAUGAAAGUGCCUGAUAAGAAACGUUUCAGGAAGAUCUGUCGAUCAAGCAGUAGUGUGAAAAAAGCACUACAAGAAAAUGCAUCAUCAGUUUGCUAUUUCCCUGAUGGCCUUAAUUUUAGAGCGGUCUUGGAUUACUAAAAAUAAAAGACAAAGCACAUUUUCAAGAAUGAACUUGCAAAGGAGAUGUGCUGGCUUAGACUCCAAAAACGGUUCUUAUAAAACUCCCAAAGUACCAGUUAUCCAGACAACCACAUUUUUAAAAGUAUAUGAUAAGAUUAAUGGCAGCAUGUUCAGUUUUGCUUUUGUGAAAACAUGUUCGUGGAACUACUCAGAAAGAAAGAAACAUCUAUGGCCUUACAGAAAGAGAGAAGAAACUCAUUAUCAGAAAAAGGGAGGGGAGCUGGUUGACAAUAAUAAACAAUGUAAAGCAGUCUAAAACCGGGAUUUGUUUUCUUUUCAUGAUUAAUUAGUGUAUGGCCUCCUGGUCAAACAGUUUGAGGAACCACUGCUGUUUAAUUUAUGGUGUAUUCUAGAAACUGAUAUAUGGAUAUAAAGUGAUUUAUUAUAUUUAUUAAAUAAGAGUACAGCUUGUUUCCAGAUGGUUAGACAAGUCCAAGUUCAGUGAGUACCAUGCCAGUGCUGGAAAUUAAAUUUUUAAAAAAGCUCAUAAUCAUUAAUAAGUUCUUGAUUAGAAUUUUCUACUUUCCACUUCAGUAAUGCAAAUUAGUUGUAUUUAAAAGGCAGCAGUGUCAGUUACGUGGAGAAGUACUAUCAGUAAUUUUGGGGAGAGACAGGAGGAAUCUAAGACUAUUGUAGGUUACAUAGUUGAAGCAAAACGUGCAAAUUCUUCAAUGUGAAUAAUGGUAAAAACACACUGGUAUAUUUGUACUUGUAUAUGUAGUAUAGGACACUGCUUGAUAAUUCAUAAUAAGGUUCUUUAGACAUUAAUGUGAGUUAUUUAAGCCUAGUCCUAUAAAAUAAAAUGGCUUAAAAUAUAACAACUCAGUAUCAGGUCAAGAAUUCAUUUUACUCAGUUGAGAGAAUUUAAAAUAAGCCAUACUACUAUGUUUUUUUUUCUUUUUAAUUCUUUGGUUGGUCUAGAAAGUUUUUAUAUGUAAAAGUAAAUAUUUAUUAAAAUAAUUGCACAGCAAGAACAUAGUAUAAGAUGAUUUUCCUUGGUGACCAGUAAUUUUCCUAAGGACUUUAAUUUAAUACUCAAUAAAUUGCUAACCUAAUAUUUUUUAAAAUACCGUCUCAGAAGUUUUCCUCUUGUCUGUUAUUGAAAGAUGGUUAAAGACCUCUUUAUACUUAAUUUUGUGUUAAUAGAACAAAAAUGCUUUUCAAAAAUGGGCUUACCAGUAACAUAUCAGUGUCACCAAAUUAUUCUAGUUAUGUUGGCUGGACAGUUUUGAAUCAAGAUAGAUAAAUAUUG